AUCUGUGGUUGUUCUUUAAAAUCAAAAAAUUGACUACGCUUGCUUUGCAAGAUCCACUUUCGAAUAGUGUCAAAGGUAAAUAUCGAUAAAGAUAAAAAAUAAGUAAAAAACAGAACCACGUUUCAACAGUGCCAUGCGGAGAAAUAUAUUUUUUGUGUGAAUUUGUGUGCUAUAAUCUCGUCGCAGCCGAGCGGAUUACAUAACCUUGAAUCACGGGACUUCAGUAUUGAUCACAUUAAUUUUAUUUAAAUUUUCAUACAAUUAUUAACGGUUUACGGUUCAUACCACAUCAGACCUGACACGUCACCAGUAAGGAGCCAGGCAUAGCACAGCCAUGCAUCGCGCAAGGGUAGUUUUUAACAUCUCCAACAAAGUUGGCAACACAGAGAGAUUUGCAUCAUGGCUCCUCAACAAACCACAGACCGCCGCUGUGGCAGUAAACGCCAACAGGCUGAAAAGUUCCACAGCGGCAGAGCCCUUCCUCAACGGGUCCAGCUCGGCGUACGUCGAGACCAUGUACAACUCGUGGUUGUCUGACCCCAACUCCGUACAUGCCUCCUGGGACGCGUUUUUCCGUAACGCGACCGCGGGCGCAGCGCCGGGCGCUGCCUACACUUCACCACCCAACUUGGCGCCCUACAACAAAAACGAGAUGCCCCUCAGUGCCCUAGUGCCCGCGUCCGGCGGUAUGCCUUCCAUAUCUGCUGGCUCCCCAAUCAACGAAAAGAUCAUCGACGACCAUCUGGCUGUCCAGGCCAUCAUCAGGAGUUACCAGUCCCGAGGCCAUCUGGUGGCGCACCUAGACCCCCUGGGCAUAUCCACGGGGGACCCCGUAGAGAGCACAGAGUGGCACGGAGGCCUACGCGGCUUCGCGAGCGAGGCGAUCCGAGGACAUCAUAUAGCGAAUCUCGACCCGUUGGAAAUAUCGAACGCCGACCUAGGCGGUAAAAACCCGAGGGAGGUCAUACACAACAGUUACCGGUUCGAUGAAGCUGACAUGGACAGGGUGUUCAAAUUGCCCUCUACCACUUUUAUCGGAGAGAAGGAGAAGGCACUUCCCCUCAGGGAAAUCCUGUACCGCCUCGAGCAGGCUUACUGCAACAACAUCGGUAUAGAGUUCAUGUUCAUCAACUCGCUGGAGCAAUGCAACUGGAUCCGGCAACGCAUGGAACCCCCGGAUGUCACCAAGAUGAGCAACGACCAGAAGAGACUCAUCCUCGCACGUCUCACUCGAUCCGCCGGAUUCGAGAACUUCCUCGCGAAGAAGUGGUCUUCAGAGAAGCGCUUCGGUCUCGAGGGCUGCGAGAUCCUCAUUCCCGCCAUGAAGCAGGUCAUCGACGUGUCCACGAAGCUUGGCGUGGAAUCCAUCAUCAUGGGCAUGCCGCACAGAGGUCGUCUCAAUGUGUUGGCGAACGUGUGCCGUAAGCCUCUGCAUCAGCUGUUCACCCAGUUCGCGGGUCUCGAAGCCGAAGAUGAUGGCUCCGGUGACGUCAAAUACCACUUGGGAACCUACAUCGAGCGCCUGAACCGCGUCACGAACAAAAACAUCCGCCUCGCCGUCUGCGCCAACCCGUCCCAUCUCGAGGCCGUCGACCCCGUCGUGCAGGGCAAGACUCGCGCUGAGCAGUUCUACCGUGGCGACAAUGAGGGCAAAAAGGUCAUGUCCAUUCUGCUGCACGGCGACGCAGCCUUCGCCGGCCAGGGCGUGGUGUUCGAAACCAUGCACUUGUCGGACCUGCCCGCCUACACCACCCACGGCACCAUCCACAUCGUGGCCAACAACCAGAUCGGCUUCACCACCGACCCUCGCCAUUCACGCUCCUCAGCCUACUGCACAGACGUAGCCCGCGUAGUGAACGCUCCAAUCUUCCACGUGAACGGCGACAACCCCGAGGCGGUCAUGCACGUGUGCAACGUGGCCGCCGAGUGGCGCGCCACCUUCCACAAGGACGUGGUCAUCGACAUCGUCAGCUACCGCCGGAACGGCCACAACGAGGUCGACGAACCCAUGUUCACGCAACCCCUCAUGUACCAGAAGAUCAGAAACACUAAGCCUGUGCUGGACAAAUACGCCGCCCAGCUCAUCUCUGAAGGCGUCGUGACCGCGGAAGAGGUCAAAGACGUGCGCGAUAAGUACGAGAAGAUCUGCGAGGACGCCUACAACCAGGCCAAGCAGGAGACAACCAUCAAGUACAAGGACUGGCUCGACUCGCCCUGGUCCGGCUUCUUCGAGGGCAAGGACCCCCUUAAGAUGUCCCCGAGCGGCGUUGUAGAGGAGACCCUCGUCCACAUCGGCAAGCGUUUCUCAGCCCCUCCCCCGAAUGCGGCCGAGUUCGAGAUCCACAAGGGUCUACUCCGUAUCCUCAAGUCGCGUAUGGAGAUGGUUGAGAACCGAACCGUCGACUGGGCCUUAGCUGAGGCCAUGGCGUUUGGUUCCCUCUUGAAGGAGGGCAUCCACGUCAGGCUGUCCGGAGAGGAUGUCGAGCGUGGCACCUUCUCGCAUAGGCAUCACGUGCUGCACCACCAGAAGGUGGAUAAGGCGACCUACUGCCCGCUCGCGCACCUCUACCCCGACCAGGCGCCCUACACCGUGUGCAACAGCUCGCUGUCCGAAUACGGUGUGCUCGGCUUCGAAGUGGGUUACUCCGUGACCAACCCCAACGCCCUGGUGCUAUGGGAGGCGCAGUUCGGGGACUUCAACAACGUGGCCCAGUGCAUCAUCGACCAGUUCAUCUCGUCCGGGCAGGCCAAGUGGGUCCGCCAGUCCGGCAUCGUGCUGUUGCAGCCUCACGGCAUGGAGGGCAUGGGCCCCGAGCACUCGUCGGCGCGCCUGGAGCGCUUCCUGCAGAUGAGCUCCGACGACCCCGACUACAUGCCGCCCGAGAGCAACGACUACGAAGUACGCCAACUGCACGAUUGCAACUGGAUCGUGGCCAACUGCUCGACCCCAGCCUCCCUGUUCCACAUCCUGCGGCGUCAGAUCGCGCUGCCGUUCCGAAAACCCCUCAUCAUCAUGACCCCCAAGUCCCUGCUCCGCCACCCCGAGUGCAAGAGCUCCUUCGACGACAUGAACGAGGGCACCAGCUUCAGGAGAGCGAUCCCAGAAGAAGGUCCCGCUUCAAAGAACCCCAGCGGCGUUAAGAAGCUGGCCUUCUGCACCGGUCGCGUGUACUACGAUCUGAUUAAGGAGCGCCGCGAAAAGGGGCUCGAGAACGAGAUUGCAAUCUGCAGGCUGGAGCAAAUCUCGCCGUUCCCAUACGACUUGAUCAAGGCGGAGGCCGCCAAGUACAGCAACGCGCAGCUGGUCUGGUCCCAGGAGGAACACAAGAACAUGGGUUCCUGGAGCUACAUCGAGCCCCGCUUCCGGACCCUGCUGCAGAACCAGCGCACGAUCAGCUACAACGGGCGCGCGACCGCCGCGUCCCCCGCCACGGGCUCCAAGGCGGCCCACAACAAGGAGCUCAAGAGCCUGCUCAACGAGUUCUGCGCGUUAUAAAUACCAAGCCCGUACCAUGUUGCCAACUUUGUUGAAUCUAUACGACUGUAGGUGGCGCCACUUUCA